UGUCCCGCUCCYCGUCCCGCUCCCCGUCGCCAUCCCGGUCCGUGUCCCCGUCCCUGUCCAUGUCGCGGGUGAGGAAUGACGGCACUGCCGCGCUGGAACGGGCCGGGGUGGAGAUGGUGAAGCGGGCGGUGCAGCUGGAUGAGGCGUCCCGGUUCCAGGAGUCGCUCGUGUGCUACCAGGAAGGCAUCGACCUCCUGCUGCAGGUGGUGAAAGCCACGACAGAUGAGGCGAAAAAGCACCGCUACCGGCAGAAGAUAUCCGAGUACAUGAGCAGAGCCGAAGACAUUAAAAAACACAUUGAAAAAGAAAAACAAGAUGGCAAAUACCAUAAGCAAAUCAGGAUAGAAGAAAAUGCAACAGGUUUUGGCUAUGAAAAGCUUUUCCAGGAAUACCUCACUGAGAUUGUUUCUGAAGUUUGGGUGGAGGACCCCUACAUUCGGCAGGUUCAUCAGUUGUAUAACUUCCUACGAUUCUGCGAGAUGCUAGUUAAGGGGCCUUGCAAGGUGAAAACAAUCCACCUCCUCACUUCCUAUGAUCAGGGUGGUGGGAGGAGUCAACAGAUGAAUUCGUUGGGAGAAAUAAAACAGUCAUUGAGUAACCAUGGAAUAACACUGAAUAUUGACUUUUCAUCUUCAAUACACGAUCGAGAAAUCAGAUUCAACAAUGGAUGGAUCAUUAAAAUUGGAAGGGGUCUUGAUUAUUUCAAGAAACCACAGGGUCAUUUCAGCAUUGGGUACUGUGACUUUGACUUGAGACCUUGUCAUGAAACAACAGUGGAUUUCUUUCAUACUAAACACACAAAGAAAAUGUGAUCAAAAAUGACUGCUUUUAAUAGGUGUUUUCAUAAGCAUAAAAGUGUGAGACUGGAAGAUGUUGCUUGAGUCCAGCUGUUGGCCCACAGAAGUAACUCUUCUAAGUACGUAGUGCAGCACAACUUUUAUAACCUAUCAGUCGAAGGAUAUUUGAGACUUUUCAGUCUGAGAAAACACAACUGCGUGAUUCCUUCAUUAUACUUCUUCUGUAAUUUUAAUUAAUACAGUCUAUGUCUAAAUUUUAUCUUGAUUUCAUAACAGMCCCUCAAUAUUGUCUUUCAAAGGCCUCUUUACUGCCAUUUCUGUUUUUACUGUUGAUUUUCUCUUAAGCCAUUUUUGGAUUUUAUAUCUUUAACUGACCACCUCACAAUCAGUGGAAGCUGGGCUGCCACAUGUCCUCUUUUAUAAGCAGUCUUAUUUAUUUCCUUUAAUUCCUGUAUUCUAGGCAUGACUACUAUUCUGCUGGGUUUUGGUCAAUCCUGUAAUACCUUAUUUCACAGACUUUAAUAGUAACCCCAAGUUUAACAUUCCAUUUGCCAAGCUCUUUGCCUACAAAUGUGGCAAAGUAAACUGUUCAGUAAACAGUCAUUUUAGGGUUGUCUUAUAUGUCUUUGCAUAAUGGAUAUUGGACUGGGAAGGCUGCAAACAACUGUAUUCUCUUCCCUGUCACUCCUGUGUGUUCUUUUAUUCCAUGAUACAUGGUCAUGUACCUGGUAUCCAUCCUUUGCUUUAGGUGUGGAAAGGAUGUGUGAUUCUCUCCCAAUCUUAUUCUCUGACUUUAAAGUUUAAUGAAUGGSUGCACUAAGCUAUUUCCCUACUACUAAGGUAAUCCUCUAAAAAGAAUAAAUUUACCUUCAAGUUUUUUCAGAAGUUGAAUACCCUGAGUAGCUCAGUUGGUCAGAGCAUGGUGUGAGUAAAGCCAAGGCUAUGUGUUUGAUCCCUGUAAGGGCCAUUCAYKUGAGAGCUAGACUUGAUGAUCAUUGYGGGUCYCUUCCAWUGGAGGAUGUUCUGUGAUUGUAAGCAAUAUUCUAUUUAGAACAAAUACAGUCUUCCCUUGUCAUUCCUUCACCCUCUGGAAACUAGAGGUAUUACCUGAGGUGCUGCUGCUUUUUCUUCUUUGUUAGCAAAAGAACAUAUACUCUGACAUGAAAAACAGGCAAUGGCCUCUUUUUCAGGCCCCAUCAAUAUCUUUUCAGCCUCGGACUGACAGGUGCCUUAUGCUUUCUGCCUCAUAAUACCAUAGGACUCUAUAUUCUMGUAGCUUGUUUAUUGCUAUAACUGUUUCUGUCUCCUGUGUUUCUUUUUCCUGAUGGUUGAUGUCUUCCAUAUAUUUUUCUUUUUUUUUUCUUAAUGCACUUUAUUAGUUCAUUUUUUGUCAUGUAAUGCUGCUAUUCUUUUCCUCUUGCCUCUAACAUCAAAUCUUCUCCCCAGCAAUCAGGAACAAAUGGAGCUAGUCUUUGGCUUGUUUUCUGGGUCACAAUUUGCCAGUGGUCUGCCUUCUUUAUCCUUUCUCAUAGUAAUGUUUCAGCAUUGCAUCAAUGUUUCCAUAGCAAAAYGAAUAAUAUAUGUGCCACAGAGCUGUGUGCUACUAGUCAUUGCCCCAAAUAUUCCAUAGGAGCUCCCUGGCUUGCUGCUGUGUUACUAGGUUUCUAGUCACUGUUGUGAAUUUUAUUCAGUUGUGUACAAUAUAUGUCUAUUUUAAUGGGAAUAAAGGUUAUUUUUUAUUAUUUGUA